GCACCCCUUCAUCCCUGUUACCCGCGCCGACAGCAUCGCUCCCCCCUCCUCCCGUGUUUGGGUGCUGUUGUCGGAGGAUGUUUAGGACCCAGGCCGCGCAGCUCCUCCCUUUCAGGUCUCUCUAGGGUUAUUGCUUGGUGGGAGGUAGGUUGAGGGCUUGGUGGUAUGAAUGAAAGAGAGAGAGGAGCUCUGGACUGAAAAGCUCAAACUGGAAUAGCUCGCCUGUCUCCAGGCAACAGGCCUGACGCAACCGCUGGGGGGGGGGGGAAGAAAGAGUCCCUUAAAUGAGAGAAGAGAGGCACACACAGAUUUCUGAAGCGAGGCAGGGAGGAGGAUGAGGCAGUCUCCUGGAGGCACUGGUGGCACCGCUCUGCAAACACCAACUCGGAGACCAGCAGCGCAAGGAGGGAGCCAAGAUGUCCGUGCCAUCUUCCCUCUGACUCCCUCCCCGGUGCUCAUCCAAGGCCAAUGUGGUGCUUGAGCAGGAGCUACCACUGCUCUGGCUGUCCACUGAGGAGCUGUGUUUGACACUGUGAUACCUGGUCAGACCUUGAGGGUUUCCCAUCCUUGGUCCUUUGCAGCCCACCCCUAUGCCUUUUGACUCCCAGAGAGGAUGUCUGUACCCAAAAUCCAAAUAGAAGAGGUGCUGGACAGUAUGGAUGCUGGCUCUGGAGGUGCUGCUCCUCCUGAUGACCACCUGAGGACCCUCAAGGCAUUGACAGAGAAGCUAAGACUGGAAACCAGGCGCCCUUCCUACUUGGAGUGGAAGGCAAAGCUGGAGGAGCAGGCAUGGAAGAGUCCUCAGCCAGCAGGAGUGGAGGAGGAGGAGACGGCUGAAGCCAAAAAGGCCAUGGGAGAGACUGUCCCCUUGAGGAAGGUGCAGCUGCACCUCAAUGGGAGCCCUGCACAGGACAAGGUGACUCUUACCUCAGGGAGAGUAGGUGGCUUUGAGAGCAUCGAUGAAGCUUUGACGUGGCUCAGGAAGGAACUGGCAGAAAUGCGCCUGCAGGACCAGCAGCUGGCGAGGCAGCUCAUGCGGCUCCGCAGCGACAUCAACAAGCUGAAGAUCGAGCAGACCUGCCACCUCCACCAGCGCAUGCUCAACGACGCCACGUACGAGCUGGAGGAGAGGGACGAGCUCGCUGACCUCUUCUGUGACUUCCCCCUUGUGAGCUCCUUCAGCCUCUCCACGCCGCUCAAGCUCAUCGGGGUCACCAAGAUGAACAUCAACUCCCGGCGGUUCUCACUGUGCUGAAGGAGGGAAGAAGAGGGAAGGAUGGGGGAGAAAGAGAAGACUGGGCAGGGCCAGGGCUCUUUCUGCCUGGCAGCUGAGUGAAAAGAGGCCAAAGAGGAACAGAGGGAACAGGAGAAAACAGGGUACCCACAGCUGGUUCUUGGUAGCAGGGUAGAGCAGUGGAGCUGCACACUGGGAUGGCCCAGAGAUGCUCAUUGAGAAGACACAUCCUGUAUAAGGGAAGUGUGGGGAGCAUCUGAACCCGAGAUGUGCACUUAGGCUGCUCCUUUGCAAAGUCCGUUCUCCUUCUCUUCCCCACACAGUUACUAAGACGACGCAGCUCCAGUGUGGUUGAUUGUAGCCAAAAAUCACAGGAAGGAGUCAAAGAUAAGCCACAAAGUAAAGCAAAAUCCCUUUUGCUUUCCCCUUUACCUUCCCCCAGGCUAGAGCUGCCUCUUCAGAAAAUAAAUCACUCUUCUCCAGGGAUGUCACCUUAGGCAACAAUCCUCAGCCUCUGCUGGCCCAAGCACAGGGCCAUGGGGCUAUUUCAGGAGGAAGCCGAUUGCCAGUGGAAAGGAGCCCUCCCAGGAGGGAGGGGAUGGUGGGUAAAAUCCUAUGCAGCCCCAAGAAGUGGUGAGAAGAUGUGUUUGUUGACUUGCUCCAUUGAGUCCAGUGUACUCUAGUUUCAUUUUGCCUGUGGUAUAGAUUAUGGACAGAUUAUGAACACAUUUGUAUAGAGACUCCAGUCAGCCAGAAGUAGCUUGUGUGCCCUAGAAGUUAUAACCAGAGCAAUAUAUGGUUACGAUCUUGUUGUCAGCAGUGGCCACAAGACACCAUGUGGUUACUCCUGCAGUAAGGCAAAGGAGGUAACUUACGCCCAAGACAUCUCAUAUGAGAGAAAUCACCCCAGGCUGACGUUACCACAACAGCAGCACCAGCAAAUCCUGGAUCCUCUGUAGCAGCACACAUCCAUCAGAAGAGGAGAGGAGAAAAGGGACUUUUCUGUGAUGAAUGUAAAGUGUGACUAUAAAAUUAAAGGGAGAAAUAUUGCUG